GGCCCGUGCGGCCGGCCGGCGGCGGCGGCGGCGAACGGGUGGCGGGUGGAGGGCGAGCAAUGAUGUCAUUCAUCACCACACACACACGCAAAGCACCCGCGAGCGACUCGCGCUGUUUACAGUCUGAACGCGGUGACUUCACAACCCGUGUCUGUGAUUUAUUUAUUAAAAUAUUUAUAUUAGUUCAUAAAUAGUUCUAAUCAUGGCCAACAACAGAGCGACCAAGUCUGGAUUUGCCGCCGAGGCCCAAAGAAAGAUCAACAGCAAAUACAGCGAGGAUCUUGCACAGGAGUGCCUGGAAUGGAUCAGAGUGAUCACCGGGGAGCCAGAGAAUGUUUCUGGUGACAUGGACAACUUCUACGAAGUGCUCAAAGACGGCACAUUGCUUUGCAAUCUCGUGAACAACAUUCAACCCGGUACUGUGAAGAAGAUCAACCAGUCCAAAAUGGCAUUUAAAUGCAUGGAGAACAUUAAUGCCUUCCUCGAGGCAGCGCGGCAAUUCGGCGUGCCAGCCCAGGAGACCUUCCAGACUGUUGAUCUAUGGGAGAGGCAGAAUUUAAAUUCUGUCGUCAUUUGCCUCCAAUCACUUGGCAGAAAGGCUGGACAAUACGGUAAACCUUCGAUAGGACCAAAAGAAGCUGAAAAGAAUGUACGGAACUUCUCCGAGGAGCAGCUGAGGGCCGGCCAAGGAGUAAUCUCUCUUCAAUAUGGCUCCAACAAGGGUGCGAACCAGAGUGGUAUCAAUUUUGGCAACACAAGACACAUGUAAAUUCAAAGAAAAAGAUUCAGCCUAGUUGUGUAACUUUCUCACUAAACAUAUAACCCCUGACAUCAAUUUCCGUGUCUAUGCUUGCUAACGCGUAUAAUAUAGAAACUUUUGUUCUUUUUAUAACCGCUAGAUGGCGAUGUACAAUUUACCACACUAUUAACGACAAUCUUACCUACAAUCUCCCAAAGUAGUAAAGAUGUUUUUUAAUUGUUUAUUCAAUAAACAAUUUUAGUUAAUUUUUUAUCAUCAAACAUUUCGUAACUCAUAAACGUGAACAUGUCUUUUUUUUUAAAUAAUAAAUUUACAGUCGUCUCGCUCUGCGGGAAGAAAAUAAUAAAUAAAUAAAAUAAAAAUAAAAUGCAUUUAUUUCGGACUACAAUAAGAUCCAUAAAAAUUAUUACAGUAAAAACUUAAAUGACCAUGUUAGUACGUAAACUUAAAUGAAGAGAGGACCAGUGCCUUAGCAGUCCACUGUCCCAUCUGUGUGCAACAACUGUCAAGAGUUUGUGGCAGCUGUCGCGCACCCUACGCAUUGUCGCGGCGCAGCGCUUGCGCAACGUCGCUUCGAACCCG